CCCUCCCUCCAUCCCUCUCUCUCUCUCUCUCUCUCUCUCAAUCCAAAGUAGUUUGGUGGGUUCUUUGCAAUUCCUGCACGAAGAUCAUUCUAGCUUGCCCUUAAAGCCAGAAAGGGUCAUGUUAUAACAGAUAUAUUCCCACUUGCUUGCACUGCAUGAUACCAAUUGGUUCCUCAUUGUAUCCAUUCCGACACAAGAAGGGUGUGUUUGCGCUGGGUUCGUUCCUCCUCCCCUCUCUCUCCUCCUCUCUCUCUUCCUCUUGGCUGUCUCGGGUGUCGGAGUGAUGAAAGAUCGCUCGGAACGAUUUAUGGUCCUUCCCUUCAACAUCGGCUGCGCUUCUCUCUCCAGCGUCGCCGUGAACACAACAUGUCAGCCGGAGAAGCAGAAGCCGGAGUCACUCGACGUCGCCGCCGUAGCAAGAAGACAAAAUGGAGAAGCUGGACCCUCCAAAGAGAGACCCAAGGUUUCUCACGGCUACCCCACUUCGUCAAAACCUAACACCAACUUUGGAUUUUGGCAGAAGCUGAGGAAAAGCAUCAAAAGUUUCACCCAAUUAUUUGUUUAUAGAGAAGAGCAGGAGAUGGAGGAAAUAGAAGUGGAGAUGGAAAUUGGGUAUCCGACCGACGUAAAGCAUGUAACUCACAUCGGACUGGACGGAUCCACGCACACUGACCCAGUUAAAGAGUGGGAGAACCUGAACAAUCCAGAGAUCCUUGCAUUCCCUUCACUUUCUUUGAAGCAAUUCGAGUUUGCCAUGGCCGCACAGACAAAUCGUCACCUUAGUGUUGAUCCUACCAAGUUCUAAUCGAUACAAUGUUGCUGGAAAGUUUCGAGUUGAGCGCGCAAUUCCUGUCAUUGAUGUUUUUGAACAAAUGUGGUUUGUAUGUAAGAUUUAGGGGGGAAUGGGGAAUUCAUGUUUGCAAGAAUACUACUUUUGUUCAGCUCUAUUUCAAAGUGUUUUUGUUUUUAAGGUAGCAAGUUAUGACCACUAUUUUUCCCCUUUCUAUGGAAGCGUGGGAUAUUGUUGAUCUUUCAGAUUGGACUGUUGAUUUGAAGUAACUAUUUUGUGGGA